ACGUCAAUGUCAUUUUCCAUAGCGUUGUGAUACUUUCAUAUAGUAUUUAUUAUUAUUUUUAUCUCUAGUAAUUUAUUUCUAUGAAUUUCGUGGAUUUAAAUUGCAAAAAAAUAAUACAAAUUAAACAUGAAGUUGAAAAAAUUGAAAAGUGAUACUGAGGAACCUGUAGGACCAGUUCCUCCUCAGGCUGAAAUUAUCGAAGCCGAUUUAUAUAAGAGGUCUUACUUCGGUCCUGAUGUUCCUACAUUGGAACUGGAAUGCUGGGAGGAAGAACUUUCUGAGGUUCAACUCAAAGCCUUCAAGAAUGCCGAUGAUGAAUACAAAAGUAUACAGAAUAAAUUGGAUGAAAUGGUGAAGGACACUGGUGGAGAGAUUGUAUACAAUGGAAACCAGUUUACAGCUUAUCAGUUGCUUGGAAAGCAACCAGUGCUUAAGGAUUUGGAGAGGCAGAGUGCUGACAUCAUAAGAUCAAGGUCUCGUUCUCUCUCUGUGGCUAAAGAGAAGCCUGUCACAAAGAGAGGACGUCCAAGAAAAACCCGUGAAGAGGACCGUGACUACUCUCCUUCUCCAGAGAGGACUAAAUCUCCUGAGACCCGUCACAAGAAGAAAAAGAAGGAAAAAACCAAAGAGAAAGAGAGAGACCGGGAAAAGGAAAGAGAAAAAGAUAAAGAGAAAGAUAAGGAAAAAGAAAGUACUAAAACUAAAGAUAAAACAUUGGCACCAUCCAAUGUGCAUAGUGUGGUCACCAAUGUUCGACCGUCGGAGGCAACAGCUAUCGGUGGACUCCUCACGGGCAGUACAACAAAAACCACAGCAAUUGUGGAUCUCACAAAAGAUGAUGGCAAUAAGAACAUCGCUGACUCUCGUGAAGUAUCAUUUAACAAAUUACAAGGAAAAACAUUCCCAUCUCUCGUGGUGGUGGCACGUCCCUACCUCCGUUCCAAGGAAGCGCCGCCGCCUUCUGAUCGGUCCGCGCUCGACAGCAAAGUGAAAUCUGUACUGAUGCAUACACCAAUGAAGUUCACCGAGUGGCUGAUACAACAAGGACUGGUCAGGUCUGAACAGUGGUGUGUCAUACAUCCAGGGAAUAAACUGAAGUUAGGCAUGUACUCCGAUGUUUCGAAAUUCCCCUAUUCCGGCGGUUAUGUUUGGAUAUCUGAAUGCUGCCCCACUCGCUUCGUCUCUGUAUUCUCUAGUUCCAUCUUCGAGGCAGCCACAUUUCCUCCCAGCGUCCUUCUAAAGCUUAUUUACCACUGGGCAUGCCAGACGAACGUGCAAAAUGUCGUACAAUGGGUAAAAGUUGACAAUCUGUACGUAAAAGGGCUGUUUACAUGGUUAAGAGCUAUAUGUACAUCAGCUAUACAUCAGCAUCUGAGCAUGUUAGGCGGGCCUGGGAAGAAAGUCGAAGUGGGAGUGAUAUCACUUGGGACUACCAGCCAUGAUGGUACUCAGAGACAGGUGAAGGUUGAAGUGUUGGGUGUACUAGAUCCUGUUGAAAAAUUGAUUCGUCUCCGUGCGGUCGAACCUUUAGCGGAACACGAGAAGAACUAUAAAAAGCGAUUUCAGAAGAUAUUAGAACCCCUGUCCUUGUGGGUUAACCCUGCCUCAGUGAUAUUGACAGAUCUGACUGUAGACAAAGGCACACUUGUAAAUAUGGGCUUCAAGAACGUCCAUCAAGCCUCAUCACAUUCUGACCAGCCGUCCAGAAAUAGCAAUGCGAACAUUAUGGAGUAUUUGCGCCGCAUAGUACCAAGAAUGUUCCAAAAUACGCUUUCGCUGUUAUCUAGGCAGAUUAUACAGCAAUUUUUAGAUGAACUCGUUUGGAGAGAGAGGUACGGUAUGUCGCCUGGACAAGCAUUCGACAACAUAGUGCUGCAUAUUGCUGAACAAACCAAGUUGGAAGCGAAAGACGCCAUCACGGUACGACUCAACAAGAUCGCUGCCAACCCAUUCAAGAACUGGAAGUAUCCCAGCAAGAAAAACAAAGAAAAAGUCGAAGAACCAGAGCCAGAACCAACCCGCAACAAGCGCGGGAGAAAGAAGAAGGAGCCGUCCCCGGUGCCGCCGCCUAAGAAGAAAAAGAAGGAGAAGGCCGUCGCUACCACCGCCACCACUUAUGUUGAUGAUGAUGACGAAGAGGAGGUACCAUUGGCCCUCCGCCGUACGAAAAUCAAGCAAGAACUUGAAAAGCCCAAAGAGAAGGUCAAAGAAAAGGAAACCGAGAAUUUGCCAACGCGUCGCCGUAAAGUACCUAAAACGUACGUGGACGAUGACCUGGACGACAUUCCACUGAAGAACAUCAAGAAGGAGAUCAAACCUGAGGAGACUGUGUCCAUGGAGAGGUACUACUUCGGACAGGUUGUGGACAAUGACCCAGUGGAAAAAGUAGCUAUUGCUGUAGAGUGCCCAAUCUGCCACGUAGAGAUCACAGACAACAUCAAGUUGAUGGAUCACAUCUUCGCCCACGUGGUGCCUGGCCCGGAAGGAGGCGUCCACUGCAACUACUGCGUAAAAAGCUUCGCGUCCGACGAUGAGCUGCAGGCACAUCUCAAGGAGUCCCACCCAGCUGACACUAAGUCUCCGGGGAUAUUCACCUAUGCUUGUCUUAUUUGUGAGGUGCGGUUCGCGGCGGUGCUGACGCUGGCGGCGCACAUGCAGAAGGCGCACGCGCCGCUGGAGCUGCCGUACUGCUGCGGCGCGUGCCGCUACCGCGCCUCCGGCCACCGCGCCGCGCUCGACCACUUCCGCGCCGCGCACCACCGCGACGGCCGGCUGCUGUGCCCACACUGCCUCAAGGUUAUAAUCGUCUAUGCGGACGGCUACGAGCUGACAUCAAAUGUGCUACUUUACAUCGAGCACUUGAAACAGCAUCAAGAUGACCUUGAAGUGCGAUGCAAUAGAUGCGUGCUCAAAUUUGUACAUCUCGGCCAACUGAAAGAACACCAAGUCCGUGACCACAACACCGUAGAGCACGCUGCACCAUUAUGUUCUGGAGAACAUUUAAUAAAUAAACCCAAGAACAAGGCUCGUCCACCCGUGAAGGAUUCCACCAGCCACACCAUAAGUGAAACCUACGAAGAGAUGACCUUAGUGCUACCGGAGGGGAUGAUUUGCCGCGAGUGUGACACUGCGUUGGAUAGUGACAAACAUUUCUUGGGCUCGUCGCAGUGCACCAAGUGUCCGUACGCGAGCUCGUGCUACCGCGCCAUGCUGCGCCACAGCGGCUACUGCGCCGGCCCGCACUCGCUCGAGGACGCGCCGCGCCGCGCCUACCGCGCGCACUGCGUCUGCGGCUACCACACCGACGUCGGCACGGAUAUGCUAACACACUUGCUAUCGUGCGGACACAAGACCGCUUACGGCUCGCAAGAGGACGCGCGAAGCAAUACACGCGGCGCCGCUGCAGACCCGCCUUCUCCGCCUGCAGCGCCCCCUGCAACCUCCGCCGCGCCAGAAGAACAACUACCCACAGAUACGCCGGUUGAAACUCUGCCCGCUAUUGCCGACUACGCGCCCCCGUCCGUGCUCAACACGCAACUGUCACUGGAUGAUUUGGCGCCACCUUCCGUACUACAAACUGAUCAGCACGAUCAAGAGCUACUAAAGGACGCUUAUGAUCGUCCGCUGGCUACGCCGCGCCACGAGGAUCCACACUACACCCUCGGAGACUUCGAGCCGCUGCCGCAGGAGCCGCCGCCACAACCCGACUUUGAGCAACUGUAGAUUAUAUUGCACUCUAUUCAUAGGAGUCAAGUCGUCCUUUACAAAAAGUAUUUUUGCAUACCUCUGUGCUCUUUAAGAAGCCUAGUUCUGUUUAUUUUAAUGAAAAUAGUCAUUUACAAUGUUUUUUCUUGCAAUGAGUAUAAUGAGACCAUGGAGUUGUUUUUUAAUAGGUGAUAAUGAAAUAUUUAUGGCUUGCGCUAUCAAUGUAUGCUGAUGGGGCACUAGUGAGGGAUAAUAGGUGACAAUGAAAGCAGGUCAGUUAAUGCUGAAAUCAUGUGGUCAUCACAUGAAGGUUGAUGUGAUAGGGUGUAUUGCUAACAGAGGGGUAGUUAAACCCCAUUUCUAAUAAUCCAAUUUCCCCCUAAUCAUGACGGCAUAGGUGACAUAACAUCUAAAAUGAAUAUUUAUGAUACAGCAACCAAUUAUUUAAAAGACAAGCAAUGAAAUAUGCUUAUAGAUUUCUCAUAAAGCAUAUUAAAAUUGCAAUGUUACAAAGGUUAACUUUAUUAGUGUAACCUUAUUUGGUAUCAUUCUUAUCUCUAACAGAUAUGCCCUUUUAGAUGAGACAAAGAAUUUUUAUUUUAUUUCCUAUUUAGCAAACUACAUACUAUUACUGUUAAUUAUGGUAGUAUAUUGAAAAAAAUAUAUGUAAUAUUGGUCUUAUACAAAAGUAAAUUAAGUAGAAUUUAUGUAAAACAAAUGAAUAAAUGUUUCAAUUAAUUUA